CGGCGCGGCCGCCAUGGCGUCGCCCCCGCUGGCCGCGGCGGCGGCGAGCGACGGCGAGGCGAGCUCGGGGCCGGAGGCGGCGGCGGGCGGCGAGCUGGGCGCGCUCUUCGAGCAGGCGGCCGCGCGGCUGCCGGCGCUGGUGCCGGCCGCCAGCAAGGAGCAGCUGCUCUACCUGUACGCCAGGUACAAGCAGGUCAAAUUUGGAACCUGUAACACUCCAAAGCCAAGCUUCUUUGAUUUUGAGGGAAAGCAGAAAUGGGAAGCCUGGAAAGCUCUGGGAGACUCCAGUCCUCAUCAAGCUAUGCAGGAGUACAUUGCCACAGUGAAAAAACUGGACCCCAAUUGGAACCCUCAGACUACAGAGAAGAGAGGAAAAGAAUGCAAAACCGCCUUUGGAGGCCCAGUUGUCAGCUCGUUGUAUCAAGAAGAAACAAUCAGGGAGGAGGACAAGAACAUUUUUGAUUACUGCAGAGAAAACAACAUUGACCAUGUAACCAAAGCCAUUCGAUCAAAAAACGUGGACGUGAAUGUCACCGAUGAGGAGGGCAGGGCACUGCUCCACUGGGCUUGCGACAGAGGACACAAGGAGCUCGUUUCAGUACUGUUACAACAUGCUGCUGAUGUUAAUAGCCAGGACGGGGAAGGCCAGACUGCACUCCAUUAUGCUGCCGCCUGCGAGUUCUUCGACAUCGUGGAGCUGCUGCUGGAGUCCGGCGCUGACCCCGCGCUCCGGGACCAGGACGGCUGCCUGCCCGAGGAGGUGACGGACUGUAAAGCCAUCGUGGCCGCGCUGCAGCAGCGCACGGCCGGCAAGACCUAAGCGCCCGGCCGGGCACCUCCGCGCAGCGGGCGCGAGCUGCCGUAACGCCGCCCUGCCGCUCGCCCCCCCUGCCAUGCCCUGGGCCUCGAAGGGGGGGGUUUGGGGCACGGGGCUGGAUGUCUGGGUGCUCGUAGCAAGCACACGCGUGCUGCAGGGUAGGCUCAGGGCUUUGCAUGCUCUGAACCGAGUCAGUAUUCGGGGGGGGGGGGGCGGGAGGGCUGAGGGGGCCUGGAGACACCCCCCAAACUCUGGUUUACUGUAUUAAACACGACGGCUGCACUGGCUCUGUCACCAGAGCAGCCUGUGCUGCCCGACCGGGACCUCGGCGGGGAGGGAGGGCUGCCUAGGGCAGGCGAGAUGCUCAGCUCGCCAGUUCGGGGUGCGUUUUGUUCGGUUUUGUUUGUUUUAUUUCCCCCUGGGUCCAAAUAAAGUAUUAUGAAUAAAAGCAAGCAGUGUGCUGA